UCAAGUCUUGCCAGCUACCCAAACCAAGACAAACAGACCUGCAUAUUUUCCUUCUCGAUUAAGGUAAAAUUUCGCUAUUAAUACGCUCAUUCGCCUUCGCUAACUGAUCAUAGAUUGAGUUCAAUUCAGAAGGGCAGGGAAAAUGGAGCAGCCUUUGCUGUCGGCAGAGAAAAGCGAGAGGUGGAGUUCAUAUGAACACGUGGGAAGGGCUGGCUCGGCAAUUCCGACGGCUUCCUUGGCUGGAACUGAAGUCAGCGUUGAUGAAAUUCGGUCUGCCGCCGCGUUCUCCGACCCCUAUCCUCCAUCUCUUCAUGCCCCUUUGCUGAGUUCCCCUGGACCCGUCUAUCCUAAUGAGCAAGUUCUUGGUUAUCCUCAGGGCGGAUAUUAUGGACAUUUAAGUGAAGGUGCUGCUAAUGUACAAAGGCAAGUGUUGGACGAGGUGGAAAUACGAGAGCUACUCAUAGAUCAUGUUGGUCAUCGUUGUUGUUGGGGAAGUCGUCCAGCUCGAACUUGGUCUAUUCACGCGGUGGAGGAUUGCAAUGUCUAUGUUGGAACCCUUGAAACUUUUCUUGAAGAGAGGGAAACAUUAACAGAAAAGGAACCAUACCUUGGUGGUGAAGUAGAUGAGAAAGAUAAGGGUCCUAAACUUGGAAUAUGGGAGUUGGAUCUAAGGUCAGAGUUUCCUGUGCUAUUUAUACCUCAUAAAGAGUCACGAAUGGUGAUUCCUCAUUCAGAAGUUGUUGAAAAAUGCUCAGGUUGUGGGGGAAGAGGAAAUAUCGUCUGUCCCACUUGUAAUGCAGAUCAAGAACCUGGUUUCUACAAGGAGAAUCAGAUGUCUCAAUGUUCUGCUUGUUACGGGAGGGGUUUGAUUGCACAUAAAGAUGGAUCAGAUACUAUAUGUCAAAAGUGUAAUGGUAAGGGAAUGAUUCCUUGUGCAACUUGUGGAUCUCGGGGAUUAAUCAAAUGUGAGACAUGUCGAGGCAGUGGCUCUCUUCUCACACGACAAGUGGCUACUGUCAGAUGGAGAACGCUCCUAGCAAGAAAAGUGAGUGCAACUAGUGGGGCGGCAUCUGUCCCGGAUGAAGUCUUUCACAGAGCAAAAGGAGUGCAGUUGUGCAAUACCCAAGCCUACCAGUGUGGUCCUGCCUUCUUUGCUGAUUCAUAUUUUCUCAACAAGUUUUCAUCAGAGGUAAUUGCUGAGAGGGCUGCAGUUCCUCCUACUGCAAGGGUGAUUUGUGAAAGGCAUACCAUCUCUGUUGUUCCAGUAACUCGAGUAACUAUGACCCGUCAACAUCGUUCCUUCAGUUUCUAUAUCGUUGGAACUAGCAGGGAGAUUUAUUUGAAGGACUCAUAUCCAGCGAAGUUUUGCUGGGGGCUUUGCCCGUGCUUGGAUUGGUUGAAGCUGUAGUUGGUUCUAUUUAAGAAGUGAGUUUUGCUGUUAAUGGACUGUCAGGUGGAUGGGGAAGAGACAGAGAAUAAAGAUCCAUCUGGAAUCAGAGCACAAAGAAGAUAGCAUACAGUAUGGCACUUUCUUAUGUGAGAGCUAGUUCAUAUUUGUAUAAACUCAUUUGUGGACGAGUAAAUGCACUUAUAUUUAUGUUCUUCGGCUCUUCA